UUGUUGUGGUUGACUUGGAAACCGUUUUAGCGUCGUUGGUAUAGUUGGAGGAUAGCAUAAUCACUGCAGGGAAAUACACGCAGUUAGCUUAACCUUAGCUUAGCCCUACCCGGCUUUAUAAACAAAUGUAUGUAAAAUUUGGUUUAUAUCGAAGCUAAGUAUGUUUGUUGAGGACGUUAAGUCUGUCUGAACCAAGUAAACAAUGCCGCUUAGGUUAGCUAACGCUAGCAAGCUAACACUUAUCAGCCUAGCUCCUCACAAAGAAUGAAAGCCUUCCUCCCUGGAUUAAUCUCCUUUUGCUCUCAGAAUAAAAGGCAUUACGGUGCCUGACAAUGCAGACAGGUGAGAGUGAUGACCGGGCAAAGACCCGGGAGAGAUUCAAUGAAGUGUUCAAGAAAUACACUGAGCCAGAGAAGAAAAAGGUGAAGAAGAAGAAGAAGGCUGAAACUCAAGAGACGAUUAUACUUCAGGAUCUAAAGAAAAAUCUUGAGAAGGACACAGAAGAUGAUGAGACCAUCCUCCAGAACACAUAUAACCCUGAAGAGGGAAGCCCGCGCUACACCAAAAAUAAACGACGAGAGAGGGAAACAGUGGAAAAGGUUAAUGCCAACAACAGUAAAAAUCAAGAGGAGAUACAGACUUCCAAAGGCAAGAAGAAGAAUAAGAGGGAGCUUCCCUCUCCCCCUGUACCUGAGGACAUCUCAAGUUACAUCCAGGAGGAUGUGGAUACUUCCAAGUCUAAGAUCGCUUUCAAGCCAGAAGAUGUAGGUGGUGGAAAGGAACCAAAGCGAAAAAGCAAAGGAGCUACAGCGGCCAAGGCAGAGCAGCAAGUGGAGGACGCAGAGGACAAGCUGCUGCAUGAUUACCAGCAGCAGAUCGUACAGGAGGAGGAGAGGAACUUAAAGAAGACAAUGGUCAAGACUGAGGAAGAGACUAUUGUCUCCCAGAAAAUGACACUAAAUAAUGACAGUGGGAAGAAGAAAAAGAAAAAGCUGAAAUCUGUAAACACAGAGGCGGAAAUUGGGGAUCACGAUGAAGAUGUUGACCAGGACGCUGAUGUGGAAAACGAAACAGAAUUCAAGGGAAAGAAGAAAAAGACAAAGAAAAAACAUGUUAUCGAAGAAAAGAGUGAAACUGAUGUAGAAGCUCCAAAGAAGCCAACGUUUGAUGACAGCCUCGUGUUGGGAGUGUACGUCCACAGAUCAGAUCGCCUCAAGAACAACCUGCUCAUCUCACACCCCAUGGUGAAGAUCCAUGUUGUGGAUGAGAUCACUGGACAGUAUGUGAAGAAAGAAGACUGCCAUCGGCAUGUCUCCUCAUUUUAUGAGAAAGAGAACGUGGACCACAUUCUUCCCAUCAUGACUCAACCUUUCGACUUCAAGAAGAACAAAUCGAUCAUCCCCGAGUGGCAGGAACAGAUCAUCUUCAAUGAACGCUUUGGUUAUUUUGUUGAACAAAACGAUGAAAGCCCCAGAGUUCUGCUGUUCUUCGAAAUCCUGGACUUCAUGACCAUGGAAGAAGCAAAAGCCAAAGUUGAUGUUGACAAGCACGAGCGAGGAUUCAGGAAGAUUGCAUGGGCAUUCCUCAAGCUUGUUGGCACGAAUGGUGUGCUGAAUAUCGACACGAAAGUUCGCCUCCAGCUCUUCUGCCCUCCACAUCGGGCAAAAAGACAACCUAAAACAAUUGAGGUGGUGGAGUGGUGGAGGAAGUUCCCCCGAAACAAAUACGCAUCCACCCUUUAUGUCACAGUGAAAGGAAUUAAACUCCCUGAGCAUGUGGACCCCAGUAUACGGUCCAUGAUGGCUUUACAGGAGGAGAGGGGAAGCACCUCCUACAGUGAACUGCAGAAUGAAGUCGCCAAGAGAAGCCUGAUGCAGCCGCUAGACAGCAAGCCACCGGUCUUGAGAUGGAGCAGGCUGCCUGGACAGGCCUGUCAGAUUCCAAACAAGCUCAUGCUGUCAUUCCGCGGCGGUCAGAUGGGCUGCUUCACAGUGCUCUUCUCUCAUGCUGGGACAAUACUGGCUGCUGCUUGUGCUGACAGAGACACUUUCCCUGUUGUAGUGUAUGAGAUUCCCUCUGGCAAAGCUCUGGCUGCCUUUCGUGGCCAUCUGAAAAUCAUCUACGAUCUCUGCUGGUCCAGAGACGAUCGGAGACUUUUGUCUGCCUCCUCUGAUGGCACUGUCAGGGAGUGGAAUGUGGAGAGGCUUCUCACAACAGCACAGAAGGUGCUUCCUCAUCCGUCCUUUGUGUACUGUGCUCAGUACCACCCCACCGCCCAGAACCUGGUGGUGAGCGGCGGCUAUGACUCGGUGAUACGAGUGUGGAGGCUUGAUGUUGAUGACGUGAACGGCCAGCUGCUGCAGGAGUUUGAGGGUCACAGCAGUUUCAUCAACACAAUUUGUUUUGACUCUGAAGGUAGAAGAAUGUUCUCCGCAGACUACACGGGCCUCAUCAUUGUGUGGAAAACUAAAACUAAUGACGGCAGGCAGCGUCAGCCAUCUCAGCGCUGGUGCAUAGAGAAGAAAAUCGAGGAGAGUGACCUCAGAGGUAUCUCCAUCAACAUGCUGCAGCUCCAUCCGAACGGGCGGUGCCUGCUCAUCCAUGCCAAAGGCAGCGUCCUGAGGAUGAUGGACCUGAGAAUUCUGGCUGUGAAGAAGUACAGCGGAGCCAUAAACUACAGAGAGCGGAUCUACAGCACUUUCACACCAUGUGGGAACUUCCUCUUCUCUGGCAGCGAGGACGGGAUGGCGUACGUCUGGAACACAUACACAGGUGACCAAGUUGCAGUCUACUCGGAGCUCUGUUACCGCACCGCUCUCCACGGCGUGGCCUUCCACCCUCAUGAAAACAUGGUAGCUUUCUGCGCCUACGGUCAGAGCCAGCCCAUCCACGUCUACCUGUACGACCGCAAAGUGUCCCAGCUGGAGAUGCACAAUGUAAAAGCAGCGUCGACUGUCAGCAGAGCAGCUUCUGUGGACACCAAAACCAUCAGAAACACACCUGACCCCCCCGCGUUACAGGACACAUCUAGUGCUUUGGCCCUGGAUCAGUUCGCCCAAGCAACAAGACUUUCACUGAAAAUGCAGUAUGUGAAGGAGCAGCUGGACUCCGCACUUGAACCUCAUCCAAGGUUUUCAACGUCUGGAUACAUGAAUGAGCAGGACAAAAUGGGGAUUACUCAUACAGGGAGGAGUCUGACAUUAGAUUCUGGCCCUACGGGAUUAAACGCUUCGUUACCUCCUCCGUCUUUCCUGUCGCCGCACUCCAAGUUGCAGCUGUCUGGUUCUCUGGCAGAGCAGCUUAUCCCCCAGGCGGCUCUUAGCACCCAAAACCGCGGGUUCAGUCCAGUCGGUCAACGUCUGAGAGGAGCUUCAUCUUACAAGCAGUCGACUCUUCCCGACUCCCUUCCCUCAGGCCUCCGCGUGGAAACAGACUCUCCUCCUGUUCAACAAGUUGUUGUCUCGCUCGGUAACUACAAAGCGAAUCGAGCGGAUGAACUGACCGUACGCCGCGGUGAUGUCAUCCAAGUGCUGUACAAAGACAACGAGUGGUGGUGGUUCGGCCGUCUGGCCAAUGGGCAGCAGGGAUAUUUUCUGGCUUCUCAUGUAGCAGAUCAGAUAGAUUUCAAUGAAGAGGCGACUCAGUCUAACACAGCCUUGUCUGAGGGGACUGUGGAGAGGUCAACACCAACCAGGGUGUCUGCUGCCGUCAGUUCUUCGGGGGAGCUUAUGUUUCUCUCUGAGCCGACCCUCUCUGACACCGAACCUGAGUUGACUGAUGCCAGAGCGAGAAGGAAAAAGAAGGUGAAGAAGUUGGGAGGGGCUUCAUUCUCAGAUGCGUCAGAGUCGAGCAGGAGGAGAGGCAGGUCAACAGACAGACCUCUCCCGAAGAGACCGACGGGCCGGACGAACGGUGCCUUUGAGCCUGAAACAUAAACCCAUCAACACAUGAUUUGUUUCAAGUCGUGUGCUCUUUAUUCUUUUAUUUAUAUUUUCUAACAGCAAUAAACUUUGCAGGAGUUUUGUUUUUUAUAUUGAACAGUCGGUAUGUUUAUAUUCUGUAUUGUAUUUAAUACAGAUUGACUAAUGAAAUGUUGUAAUUUGUAUAUGAAAAAUUGUCUUCUCGAGUUUAUUUUGUAUGUUUUUUAAAUAUUUAAUGAUGUGAGCACAAAUUUAAUAUUAUGCACAUUUUUAUAGACGAUAUAAAAAGCAACAUUUCUGUAACAUCACAGUUAUAUUUUAUUAGCCUGUGAGAGACUGAAGUUUGUAUGUGACACAUCUUAACAACUGUAAAAAGUAAAAUGUGUUCAUUUCUAAA